GCCGGGCUGGGACGGGCGGAGCGUCCUGAGGCUCCCGAGGCUCCCGCCGCCCCCGCAGCAGGUCCCGCCGGCCGCAGACCGGGCCACCGGGCCAGGCACCGGCACCAUGUCGGUGGCGGGGCUGAAGAAGCAGUUCUACAAAGCGACCCAGCUGGUCAGCGAGAAGGUCGGAGGGGCCGAAGGGACCAAGUUGGACGAUGACUUCAAGGAGAUGGAAAAGAAAGUGGACGUGACCAGCAAGGCUGUCACAGAAGUGCUGACCAGAACCAUCGAGUACCUCCAGCCCAACCCAGCUUCCAGAGCCAAGCUGACCAUGCUCAACACCAUGUCCAAGAUCCGGGGGCAGGUGAAGAGCCCCGGGUACCCCCAGUCCGAGGGGCUGCUGGGGGAGUGCAUGAUCCGCUACGGGAAGGAGCUGGGAGAGGAUUCCAACUUUGGGGACGCUCUGCUGGACGCUGGGGAGUCCAUGAAGCGCCUGGCCGAGGUCAAGGACUCGCUGGACAUCGAGGUCAAGCAGAACUUCAUCGACCCCCUGCAGAACCUGUGUGACAAGGACCUGAAGGAGAUCCAGCACCACCUCAAGAAGCUGGAGGGGAGGCGCCUGGACUUCGACUACAAGAAGAAGCGGCAGGGGAAGAUCCCGGACGAGGAGCUGCGGCAGGCCAUGGAGAAGUUCCAGGAGUCCAAGGACGUGGCAGAGACCAGCAUGCACAACCUGCUGGAGACAGAUAUCGAGCAGGUGAGCCAGCUGUCAGCGCUGGUGGACGCACAGCUGGAUUACCACAGGCAGGCCGUGCAGAUCCUGGACGAGCUGGCCGAGAAGCUCAAACGCAGGAUGAGGGAGGCCUCCUCACGCCCCAAGAGGGAGUACAAACCCAAGCCCAGGGAGACCUACGACUUCAGGGAGAGCGACCAGUCCAACGGGGGCUUCCCCUGCAACCCCACCCCCAAAGCCUCAGCUUCUGCCUCUUUCCGGUCGGACAAGCCGUCCCGGGCCUCCGUCAGGAGUAUCCCCCCCCUGGACCAGCCCUGCUGCAAAGCCCUCUACGACUUCGAGCCCGAGAACGACGGCGAGCUGGGCUUCAAGGAGGGCGACAUCAUCACCCUGACCAACCAGAUCGACGAGAACUGGUACGAGGGGAUGAUCCACGGCCAGUCCGGCUUCUUCCCGCUCAACUACGUGGAAGUUCUGGUCCCGCUACCUCAGUGAGCCGGCGCCGCUCCCGCCCCAGUGUCCCCAGUGUCCCCAGUGUCCCCAGUGUCCCCAGUGUCCCCAGCUCCAGCCCCGCCCUCCCCGCCCUGCUCGGGGCCAGGCGCCACCAGGGAACAAACCAGAAGGGUCCCACGGCCCCUUCCCCCGUGAAUUUGGUUCUUUCCUUUUUUUUUUUUUGGGUUAUUUUUUGUCCUUCUGGUGCUUGAACUUCGGUACUCUGCGUGCCCCUAACCCUGGCUGUGCUGCCAGCACUGCCCUGUCCCUGUCCUUGUCCUUGUCCCUGUCCCUGUCCUUUUCCCUGUCCAAUUCCCACCUUUCCUUUGGGUCCAGCACCUGGAUGAGCCGGGUGGGACAGCUGGGAUGUGUCUGGGACACACGGCCCCGGGGCAGGGCAGUCCCAGCCCCAGUCCCACCCUCCUGCCCCAGCCAGCGCUGCCCCUGUCCCUGCAGGAUCCCAGAGGGACCAGGGGAGGGCAGCUGGGGCACAGCAACACUACAGCACCCAGCAAACACUAAAGCAGCCCUGCAGGGCAGGUGCUGAGCCCUGCCUGGGGCUUGGAGCCAUCCUUGAGGCUCUUGGAGCCAUCCCUGGGGCUUGGGGUCAUCCUUGGGGCUCUUGGAGCCACCCCUGGGACUCUUGGAGCCAUCCCUGGGGCUCUUGGAGCCAUCCCUGGAGCUCUUGGAGCCAUCCCUGGGGCUUGGAGCCAUCCCUGGGGUUUGGGGCCCUGCCUGGGGCUUGGGGCCAUCCCUGGAGCUCUUGGAGCCAUCCCUGGGGCUUGGGGCCAUCCCUGGGGCUUGGAGCCAUCCCUGGGGCUCUUGGAGGCAUCCCUAGGGC